AUGGGUAUUGGCAAAGGCCAUAGGGCUGGAGGCAUCCGUGACAAUGCCCCGGACCUUGAAUUUUCCUAUCUUCGCUAUGGCAAGCACAAUCUCCACCGAAUAGGUGUCUGGGAGCAGCGCAGGCCUGCCAACCCAAAUGCUGUCUACUGGCUCAUAUUCAUCCACGGUGGGGCAUGGCGAGAUCCUCGCAACAAACCGACAGAUUUCGCUCCGUCCAUCAGGCAUCUAAUGACGGCGGGCAACCUUCCGGAGACGGUUCGUGGAUUCAUGAGCAUAGACUACCGCCUAUCGCCGUACCAGGAAGAGUUCCCGCAAUGCGUCGACGAGACGCCGUCUUCGGAGCAACGCAUCGCCCAGCACCCGGACCACGUUCACGAUGUGCGCUCGGCCAUGGACUUUCUCAGUCAACGAUUCGACCUUGGUAACAAGUACAUUAUGAUCGGUCAUUCGGCCGGCGCCAUGUUGGCUUUCCAGUUGCUCAUGAGCAGUGCGCAAUGGCAGCUGCCGUCUUCCGUCCCUCUUCCCAAGCCUGCCGCCAUUAUUGGCGUCUCUGGCAUCUACGAUCUCGUUAAUUUGAAUCGCCGCUACGACGGUAACUACGCCAGCUUCAUCAGUAAUGCCUUUGGCGAAGACGAGGAUGUUUGGGCGAGGGCCUCUCCAGCGCAGUACUGCAACUCUUUCGAGCAACCCCUCCUCUCUCGCGGCACGCCGCUUUGGCUCGCCAUCUCGCCCACCGACGGCCUGCUCGACCUAGCCGAGACGGAGGCCAUGGCGGAGAAGCUCAGAGUCGACGGGUUCCAGCCCACGGUUGUCAACGACUUGCAUGGCGAGCAUGACUUUGUGUGGCAGGACGGCGCACAGGUUGCUGGCCUUGUGCGACGUGUGCUUGACGAGCUGCGUUUACAGUGA